AUGGUUUGGUUCAACACUUACUGUUCAAAUGGCCUCAUUGAUUUAAAAGAUCCUGCAAAUUACCAAAAUUUGCAAACCAAAAAUAUUACCAAAAUUUGGUCUUAUCAGUUGAACAUCGUAUCUAUAGCAUUAGAUUAUGAUAUCAAAUGUUGGCAUAAGAUAAGAAAUAAAAUCUCGAAGAGACUUGAGGAUCAUCGCGAAUUUUGUUCCUUGCGUUAG